UCGUCCUGACUUCUUUGAUCUAUACCUUUGAAUAAUAUUCACCAAAACCACCAGAUCAACCCAAACGUGAGGUACACCUUGGCUUUGCCCAGAGCCCACAGAAAAUAUUAUACAUAUAAUUGCUCUUGAAUGUGCAAUUAAAAACGAGGGGAAUUGUGCACCCGAAACGGUAGCAAGUGAAUAAAAAAAAUGAAAAGAAAAAGAAAAUAAAACUUCCGGGCUUUUAUUACCAGUGCGGUGUCGUCUGAGUUCAUUCCGUGUUUUCGCAUCCCAAGGACAGCAUUUCGAAUCACGCGUUUUUUCCAAUCCUGAAUUUAUAUAGUUAUUAUAUUAAAUAUCCAUAUCCAGUGAGCGUUGAAAAAUUGAAUAAUGGUAUUGAAUAGGAGAUGUUCUGGUAAAAGUUCAAGUGGUGGCUACUAUAAUUAUUAAUUAUUAUUGAUAAUAUUAUAAUCGGGUAGUUGAGAUGAUUGUUGCAGUGAUGAUGGAACUUUUAGGUGGGAAUUUAGGUGGCAAAUUUCGAUGGUUUAACCCACUUACACAGAAAUUAUGCAUUCGGGUUGAUUAACGGAGUGGAUUGGCAUUUUUAGUGUUUGGGUCAAGUUGGCGUGAUCUUACCUGAAUUACUCGAGAUGGUGGGAUGUAACACUGUGCAUCGAACCUGCGGUGUGUUAACGUUCAAUUCGAGUUGUAAUGGAGUCUUGUUUUACUGACUUGCCAUUUUUACUACCAAGUUACUCCAAUAAAUCUGUCAAAAAAAAUCACGGCACCAUAAUUGCUUUAAAUUUUAAAGACACGUCACAAUAAAAAAAUAUUUUACAACUAGCAAUGGAAAACGGAAUUCAAAUUAUAUAAAAUUAAUAUUUAUAAUAUAAUUAGUAUAUGAUUCAUCGGCGUUGUAAUGAAAUUUUCAUCGACAAAUGAUUUUGUUAUUGGGAAAAUUGCUCAUCGAGUUUGUGAGUUAUUAAUUGAUGAUUUCAUGGAAGAUGUUAAUUAAAAAGGGAAGUGUGGGGGGUGUGUGAGUUGUAAAAUUACGAAUUCCAGGGGCAGAGGAUGGAACGUUGAAAUUCAAGUUUGAAUUCUUCGACCUAGCAAAUUAAGAGCGUCUGGUGAGCAGCAAUCAUGGGGAAUUCGAGAUCGCAAGUGCCACGGAGGCAGAGGAAAAAAUCUUACUUCCUUAAUGUCAUCAAUCGUACGUGGAAUGGAUUACUGAGGGACAAGGAGCAGCGAAAAAUUCAUGGGAAAAAUGAUUCGGAAAUUUCGUCGAGAUGUAGUGAAUGUGAUUAUCAUCGGGGAUCAUUUAUCUUGGAUAGCGAAUCCGAAAUGGCACCAAAUGCUGAGGAAGAAAUGCUGGCAGUCAAACCGUGGAGUCUCCAACAGGAUAAGGAACGUCUCCGUCCACCCACGUACAAUGCAGAAGAUUAUGCCAUGGCCCUUCGACGAUGGGGAAGACGACCCACAAGUGUUCAGGAUUCUCAGGGUACUCUACCAUCUACAACGAGUUCUUCAUCAGGAUAUGUAUCAGGAAGUGGAGAAAUGACACUCAGGCAAUUCACAUCAGUCAGUGAACUUCUCAAUAAACUCAGAGCUGAUCUCAGAGUGGCAUUUCCAAGUUUCGUUCAAGAAUUCUCCUCAGCUCCAGCUGAUGGGAUAACUCUUCUCCUGGAAACGCUUCGCGGAGUUCAACUGGUUCAGAGUACUCCUCCAACAAGUGGUCAAAGUGGUCCGAGAAUUGGAACUAGGAGAGCAGCUCUUGAUGAGCUAGGAUGUGUCGAGUGUUUGGCAGCAUGUGCAGAGAGAUGUGCAGACGCUCCGAGACUUCUUGCUCAAGCCCAACCUGGACUUCUCGCCCUGGCAGUAUGUCUCACCAGUAGUCUCAACCGGUCCAGGGUUCUGGCUCUUCAGCUAUUGACGAAGGUAUGCCAGACACCGAAUGGAUAUUUGGCGGUAUCGGAAGCCAUUUCCACCGUGCGAUUGAUAUAUGGCGAGGGCGGACGAUUCAGGUUUUUAGCAGGGGCUCUUCUGGCCCCCAGGGCAGCGAUAGCACUGAGGGUCGCAGGAAUAUCAUUUCUCAAUGCCUUCUUGAAGUGUGCUCCACGCACGCAAACCAGACUGUACAUACAGGCAGAGGCGUGCGAGGCGGGUCUAGAGCCCCGGGUCCUCCAAGAAUGGCUGACGGAGGUUGAUGGUCGUAAUGAGGAUGGGCUCAUGGAUUUGCUCAAGAAACAAGUGGUGAAAUGGUCGCAAAAUUGUGUGGACGUUGAUGACCUCCAGAAACGAUUAGCGCGGGCUGAGGAGACGUGCACAGUGCUGAGUAAAAAGGUGUCUCUCCUCCAGAAUCAGCUCGAUAAAUUGCAACUGGAUAAAAGAAGCGGCUACAAAACGAUAACUAACCAUCAAAAGGCCAAACCUCAGCGAUUGUCAUCGAACGGUGAAGAUGAGGGAAUAAGUUCAUCAGAGCGAUCCAGCAGUCCUGAGGAUCACCUCAAUCAAGCAAAACCGAUGGAUAACGAUCAGGAGACAACGAUCGACGACGUUAUCGAGGAGUUGAGAAUAAUCGUGGAAGAUGCUGAGGAGCAGGACAGAAUAGAUCACAGGACUAAUACAACCAGAGGAAAAGACAGACCAAAAGCCAAGGAUUUGCUAUCAAAUGUCGACACUAAAGACAUACCCGUGAGCUAUUAUGUACGUAAUGAUGAAUUGUUGAUGAAAAAUCCUCAAAAUGUCGACGGAGAAAGUCUCAAGAUUGUCGUCAAAGGCCCAGACAUCGAGGAGGCGAUAGUUCCUGCUAUUUUGUAUCCCCAGCCUCCCAGAAGAAGUCCUCCUUGUCUCUCAACGAUCCUAGGGACAAGGCAGGAAGAUUUUCUUGAGCAUCCUAUUGUCUACCAUGUUCAGGACGACGAAGAGGGGGAGGAGGAGACUCUAGGGGAUGGCAGUGACUCACUUCUGAGUGCCUCCAGGUUGAGAUACAGUAGCGAUCAGGGGCAUAGACUCAAUCUAUCAAAAACCACCACUGAGACAAUUAAUAAAGAUAAAGAACAAAUUAAUAUUGAUAACAAGCACAAGAAGACAGAGAGAGGGUUCGAUCCCUUGGUAAAUCUUCCAAAGACUUACGUCAAACAAGAAUCAGUUUAUCAUCAGUUUGAAUCAAUAAAAACUCAAGCUGGACAAAUUGAGAGGAAUAACUCGAGGUACAGGAUCAAUGAUCCAGACAAGAAGAAAAUCCUCAGAAGAUCAGUUUCCCACGAUUUUUUGAGCUCAGAACACUCCAGCCCUUUGUCUCGACGCUCUGAGGGCAAAGUCGAGGGAAGAAUAAGGAAAUUCGAGAGUAUGAAUUCGUUUGAUAAUAAUUUAAAAAAUUUCUCCAGGAAUUUGGGGAAUUUGAGUAAUCAGAGAAAGUCAAAUCCUGAGAGGAGAAUUCGACGGUCAGAGUCUUGUCAUCAUGUUUAUAAUCCUGUGAGGGGGGGCAGUCGAGCAGGGAGCGACAAUGGAUUGCAUUACAUCACAGAUUUUGACCUGGAGCCUGUUAUGACCUCGGAGAUGUCCGAGAGGACUAAUCAGUUGACAAAAUCCUUGGACAGGAUUGAAGAGGGACUGGACACGAUGGUGGAUAUUGUUAUCGGAGGAUCUAAAUCCUGGAUGCAGGAUCGGUUGAAGGACAAGUCCGAAGCACCUGACAGAAAACUGACUAAUUCGACGAGAAGGGGCACGAGUUGGGAGCCAGGGAUCAAGGCAAAACUUCAAGGGAAGACUUCAAAUCAUCUCAAGAAUGAUCAGCAUUAUAAUGAAUUUUAUCGGCCAGCUGCUUUGAAGAAUGAUGAACUGUACAAAGAGAGGUCUAGGUGGAAUGCCUCGGAAAUAACCUCUUUUGAGAAAAUGCAUAAUUUUACGGAUAAUAAUCUGCCAAUUAUCAAGUCAUUCUAUCAGGAGAAAAUUAACAAAUUUUCUAUUAAUGACGCAGGCAUUUUUUUACCGUCGGGCAGACCUUAUGAUGCCUUUGGAUUAGGGAAAAAUCGGUUCAAUGCUGGCAAGUACUCGGGAAAUCCUACGAUUAAUGAUGCUCUCGGGGGCAGGCGAAAUUCUGGAGGUUCUAGUGUUGUUAAGAGGGGAAAAGUGACGGAUAUUAUUUCAGGCCUGUACUGACCACAAUUGAACAGUUUUUUAAAAGGAAAAUUCAUAGAAAAAUAGAAUUCAUCGGACAAUUCUGUUAUAUUUCUGUUAAACUAUUGGUUUAUAUUAUAGUUUAUAUUAUACACGAAUGUUUGUGUUUAUUUAAAAAUUAUUAUUGAAAAAUGAUUGAAUAUUGAGAAUAAUUAUCGAAGUGCAAUAUUAUA